AUGCCCGGAGACCCCCACGGGCACCUGCGGGCACGGGUGCAGCCGGCGGAGGCCCGGCAUCCCGCCGCGCUGCCCCGGCAGGAGAACCGCCGUCACCUGACCGGCGGGGCGGGCACCGACACCGGCACCGGGAGCCCGAGCCGCCCCGGCACCAGGAUCCCAACCGGCAUCCCGCCCCGCCCCGCAGCGGCACCGGGACCGCCCCGGGACCAGGACAGCGCAGGGAUCCCGCCGGCAGCAGGAGCCGCAGCCCGACCCCGCGUCAGCACCGGCUCCGCGCCGCCGCCGAGCCUCUGUGGAGACUCGCACCGCCGCCGGGACCGGCACCGGGACCCCCGGCGGCACUCGGCCCCCGCCAGCACCACCUGCCCGCCGGCCGACCCCCGGGACAGGCGGACGGGCAGACGGACACGCAGCCCGGACGGACGGACGCCCCCGGAGCGGGGCUCCCUGCCCCGACAGCCCGGUCACGGCGCUGCCGGGACGGACAAACGGGCACCCCUGGGCCCGAGUUCAGCCCUGCACGGAGCGCUCCGGGAGCGGUGCCCCACAGGGACCCCACGCCCGGCGGCGGGGGCACAGAGCCCCGCGCUGACCCCUCGCAUGCAGCGGGCCGCCGUACGGGGUGGGGGGGCAGGGCGGGGGCCGUCCCGGCAGUGCCUGGGCCGCGGCGGGGCUGGCCGGCGUCCCACGCACCCCGAGCCGCCGCGGGCCACCGGUGUGCCUGGCGUGCACGUCCCUCGCCGGAGGAGGAGUCCGGCCUCCCCGCCCGGCCUCCCAGCCCGCCCGCGCCCCGCGGCCAGGUCCACCCCGGCAGGGCCACCCGCCGCCGGGCUCCUUACCUCCGCCGUCUCCCUGCCUCCCUCCGCCGGGGCCGUCGCAGGCCCCGGGGACAUGGGGGCCGGCUGGCGAGCCGAGCCGAGCCCGUGCGAGUCCUUACGUCACCGCCCAGGGCCCUCCACGUCCAUCUCGGGGCUCUCGAGUGCUCCUUGCAAACGUGCCAAAUCCCAGGGCCGCCUCCGCUCGGCCCCGCUUCACACGUGCUCCCCUGGCCGGAGCCGGCGGCCGGGGCACAGCCCAGGCUCCCCCCCGGGGCCAGCCCUCACGGCCCGCCGGCCCCCCGGGCCCUGCCUGCGGCGGGCGGGCGGGUGCGCGCCCCGGGCCGCCCCCUGCCCCGCCAUCUGCCCCGAGCGCGGCCUCCCCGGGCUUAUAUAA